GGGAAGUAUCAUUUAAGAAAAUUCACAUAUCAUCAAAGGUAUUUUAAAUUAAAUUGAUUUCGGUCCCAAACCAGAUCUAAUCAAUUCUGAUUAGAUUAGAUUAAACUAGACCAAAUCAGAAUCAGAUGGUCGGAUGAAAAAAAUCAUAACAUCGUGGGUCGGGGCCCAAAGCUCUGUUUCACAAGUGCGCUUUUGGGCCGUUGUCUUUCACUUGUGUUUUCGCUGCAACAAUUACCGGAUCCUUCGCUGCCCGCCGAGCAAACGUUCGACCAUUUGCCUAAAAGAAGCCUUGAGCAGUGGAGAAGGAAGUCAUGAGUGCCGGGAAGUUGAAGAACUUGCUGGCAUCGGUAGCCAUCGGAGGAGUGGCCGAGGCGAGGGCGAGCAUAUUUGGCCACGUGCUUAACCCCACGGGCGAAAGAUCUGCUCAUAAAAUUCUGCGCAAGAAGCUGAUUGGAGAUAAGGUUUCGCAGUGGUAUCCCCACGACAUCAGAAAGGACGAUCCUCUCAUCAUGGCUCGAGAAGAACAAGAGCGCUUAAGUAAGCUUGAAAUGUUGAAGCGCCGAGGUAAGGGACCACCUAAGAAGGGGCAGGGAAGGCAAGCAAAGAAGCGGAACAAAUAGGCAUUGUCUCUAGAUCGUCUACUAAUACUUGACCAAGCAUUAGUGUUUUGUUAUUUCAUAGCUCGUUUUUCUCUCUAUGUGGUAUUUUUUGUCAAGGUCAGACUUACUACUAUCUGUCCUGGAAAAACAAGUUAUGCUUGUAAUAAUGAUUUUAAUACUGAAAUCAUAGAUUUCUUUUUUUGUGCAGACAGAUUACUUUAUUUAACAGAAACUAUUUAUAAUGUAAUGUCAAUGCUAACAUUCGGCUUUUUAUCAUCUGACUCUCUAGUCUUGAUAAGAGAAAGAUUGUAUGUACUGUAC